AGUGCUAGUUAUCACUACGUGCACUGGUUGUUUCACCGUCGACCUCCAACCAUCCCCCACCACCCCCACCACCCCGCCUUCGUCCACGGCAAUCCCCAACCCAAACACGAUGGCGUCCGCUGUACGAAGAUCGUUCCUUACCCUCGCCCGGACGCAGUCCCGCCAGCUCACUGCAUCGCAUCCUUCCGUUUUCACAGCAAUCCGGCGCUUCACCAAUGGCGAUGACUUCCCGUCGUUCCCUUCCAAGUCGUCUUCCUCUUCUUCUGCUUCGGCACCCAUCCCGAACACCCACAACAUCCGCGACAAUGGCCUGAAUGAUAGUUUUGAGAUCAUCGAUGAGAAGAUGGAUUGGUCGCGGUCGUUCCACGGAUUGUCCACGGAGGCAUUCCCAAAGGAGACCGCGGAUGUUCUGCUUGCGCCAUUGGCUCCUGAGGAAGUUGAGAUCAAACCUGAUGGAAUCCUCUACCUUCCCGAAAUCAAGUACCGCCGCAUCCUAAACAAAGCAUUUGGUCCCGGCGGCUGGGGCCUCGCUCCUCGCGGCGAAUCGAUCGUCACUGACAAAGUUGUGACGCGCGAGUACGCGCUCAUUUGCCACGGACGCCUAGUUUCCAUCGCGCGCGGCGAGCAACAGUACUUCGACCCUAACGGCAUCCCGACGGCUACAGAGGGCUGCAAAUCCAACGCCUUGAUGCGAUGUUGCAAGGACCUGGGUGUCGCCAGUGAGCUGUGGGACCCUAGGUUCAUCCGCAAGUUCAAAAAGGAAUACUGCGAUGAGAAGUUUGUCGAGCACGCCGUUACGAAGAAGAAGCGGAAGCUGUGGAAGCUCAAGGUUGACUCAUUUGAAUACCCGUACAAAGCGACCUGAGGGGGGAAAUUUCAUGAUUGCGAUGAUGUACUAUAGACUAGCCUAUGAGCUUAUAAAAUACUACCCUCCCUGUACUAUAAUACGGACGGUUUCUUCAUUCAUAUACC